AUGACGACGGCGCACCGACCUACUUGGCAUCAGGCGCUUGGAGGCGAGCACCAAGGUGGCAACCGCCUCGUCGCGACGCGGAAGGUGUCUGCCAAGGACCAGCCUGGGAAUCUGACGCUGAAGACGCGCAAAGCUGCGCAGGCCCCCCAGACUUCUGACCGCAGCGAGCUUCGGGCGCAGCUGGAAGCCAAGGAGAAGAAGGCUCUCGUGGACCGCAAGAAGGCAGAAUCGACGCUGACGGCUCUUCCAGCGGACUACGAUAAUCCCUUCCCCGAAGACGCCGACGAUGUGGACGCGCCGGCGCCUCCGUCAGAGGCCUCUUCAGAUGACGACGAUGACAGCGACGAGGAGGAGGCUUUGCUCAGAGAGCUGGAAAAAAUUAAGAAAGAGCGAAUGGAGGAAGAGCGAGCCAAGCAAGCUGCGGAAGAGAAGAAGCGUCAGGCAGAGCAGCAGGAGCGCAUGCUGCGCGCGAAUCCUCUUCUCAUGGGAGAAGGCGGCGGCGCAGUCAAGAGGCGGUGGGACGACGAGGUGGUCUUCCGGAACCAGGCGAAAAACGAGCCGAAGGCCAAGCGACAGUUCAUCAAUGACCCAGUGCGAAGCGAGUUCCACAAGAAGUUCCUCAGCAAGUACAUUUGGUAG